AUGGGCGUCGCGCCGGAGGCCAAGACGCUGGUGGCCAGGCUGGAGCGGGUGAGCGCCGCGGUGCGGGACGCCGAGGCGCGGGCCGCGUGUGGGGACGACGGCGCGGCGCGGUGGCUGGCCAAUGUGCGCGCUGCCGCUUACGAGGCGGACGGGGCCGUCGACCGGUGCAGGGUCGCCGUGCGCCGGCGCAGGGCCCACGAGCAACAGAAGAGCCAGCAGCAGCACCACCACCAGGCAAGAUCACCACUUCGUUUCAUAUAUAGAGCUAUAAUCACGGCACUUCUGCAGCGUCUGUUGCAGGUUGCAUGA